GGCUCUUUCGAUCAAGACUGGGAGCGGAUCGUGCCGUCGUGUUUCUUCCUUUCCCACCACCUUCGAGGGCGUUGGUCACCAUAGCGUGCAGUGCUUGGAUUAUUUGGCCCUGAUAAGUCAUCGGUGUUUUCUCUUGCCGCCAACGCGCUUCAUUGGACUUUGCACCUCCUAUCGAUCGCUGUCAUGGAGUCUUUGAUAGCCGGGGCGUGCGCUGGUCUUUUUGUUGAUCUGAGCCUGUACCCCAUUGACACUGUCAAGACACGCAUUCAGUCCAAGGAGGGCUUUCUUGCGUCGGGUGGGUUUAAACACGUGUACAAAGGCCUGAGCGCCGUCGCCGUUGGCUCGGUGCCCGGCGGCGCGGCGUUCUUCUUCGCCUACGACACGGCGAAACGCGUCCUGCUGAGCUCGACCUUGUCCUCCACUGUCGCUGCGGAUACUGCCGCAACGGGGCCAUCUCGUUUGACGCCGCGAGUCGUCACCUGCCAGGCCGCUGCGGCGAUGUGCGGUGAGACCUUUGCGUGCUGCAUUCGGGUGCCGGUGGAGAUGGUGAAGCAGCAGAUGCAGGCGGGCCACCACGGCGACAUCAUGUCGGCGCUGCGCUACAUCACCAACAACGUGCCGCCUCCCGCCGCCGCUGCUGUGGGUCAGGUGCCGCCCCCACCGCCGAUCCGCCUCUCUGGUGUGUACCACCUCUUUCACGGAAUGCCCAUCAUGCUGAUGCGCGAGCUGCCCUUUUCUGUGAUUCAGAUGUCCCUCUACGAGACGCUCAAAUCCAAAGUGUACGCCUACAAGGACCAUCCCUACGCGGCACUCGCCCUGCCUCUCUGCGGAGCCUUCAGCGGCGGGUGCGCUGCCUUUUUCACCACCCCGCUGGACGUGGUUAAGACGCGCAUCAUGCUUCUCCGCCACCACAGCCCCACCGGCGGAGGCAAAAUACGGUUUGUGCUAGACGACUUAAUGCGCGAGCCCGCGAGACCAGGGGACCGGUUCGGCUAUGUGCAGCGCUUCUUCCGCGGGGCCUCCACCCGGGUGCUGUGGAUUUCCCUCGGCGGUAGUAUCUUCUUUGGCACCUACGAGUUUGUGAAGGCCGGUUUCCGCCAAAUCGAGCAAGCGUAG